UUUGUAAUCUAGCCUCACGAACUCUGUCAGCUCCCACAUGUCUUGCCUUUAUUGCUUCCCACACAAGUUUUGAUGUCUCAAGAUCGCCUACUUGCAGAACUAGGGCUUCCGGUAUGGACUGAAACAACAAAGCACGAGCCAUAUCGUUCUUAUCUCCAUCAUCUAUCCCUGGUUCUAUUGUUUCCCACACUUUAUGUACCUUGAGCGCCACCUUCAUCCUCAUAUUCCACACGGUGUAGUUGGUGGCAGUGAGCAUAGGACAUUGGAUUGUCGUAGUAUGCGCCUUUGGUUUGAUAGUUGUCGCAACUAUAUCUUUGUCACCCAUGUUGUCUCACAAACCUUCUCUUCUUGGAUUUUGUUUAAGAAUUCAAUAGAAUGCUCUGAUACCAAUUAUUGAAUUGUAAACUUAUGAUCCAAGACAAUGAUCCCAACAAGUACUCACUUUAUUAAGAUCUCAAACUCAAACUCACACGUUAUGCCACAAUCAUAGCAUCUCCUUAUAUAUCUCUUUUAGUUCCUAAACUCAUUAGAAAACAUAUCUUAUAGAUAACUAUCAAUCUAUAUAAUCCUAAUCUCAUUAGGAUAACUUCUACUCUAAGUUAUCUUCAAGCUUAAGUCAACACGUGGAACCUACUCCAAUCUCUUGUGCAAAGUGUUCAUACUUUUAUAAGCCAAGUAGUCUUGGGUAGUGCCACACUCUGUCUCCUUAUUUAUACCAGCAUUUAGACAUGUUCUGUCUUACACCAAAAAAAAAAAACAUUUUCUGUCUAUUUGCUCAACCAAAAUUAUUCUUCUUAAAAGUCUUCGAAGAAGAAAAUGUCGAAAUGCUCUAUGCAUUUGAAUUUUCUCUUGGUGCUCUUAUUCUGUUGUGUCUCUCCUGCAAGCUUCGUCCUUUUGGUAGAAAAUCCUGUUGCUGGUCUUGUUGCGUGUAGUCCCCGCCAGAUUCAAGCUUUAACGCAAUUCAAGAACGAGUUUGAUACUCGUGGUUGCAACCAUAGUGACAACUCAAAUGGAGUCUGGUGCGAUAACUCCACGGGUGCGAUCACAAAGUUACAACUGAGUGAUUGCCUCAGUGGAACCUUGAAGCCCAACAGUAGCCUCUUCAGUUUGCAUCACCUUCGUUACCUUAAUCUGUCUGAAAACAACUUCAGUUCCUCUUCACUUCCCUUUGAAUUUAGAAAUCUCAAAAAACUAGAGGUCUUGUCUCUUUCCUCAAAUGGUUUCCUCGGUCAGGUUCCUUCCUCAUUUAGUAACCUAAACAAGCUUUCUGUUUUAAGCCUUUCUAAGAACGACCUCACUGGAUGUUUCCCUCUUGUGUGGAAUCUAACCAAGCUUGUACUUUUAGACCUUUCUGAUAAUCAUUUCUCUGGACCUCUGAAUCCAAAAAGUGCACUCUUUGAGUUGCACCAGCUCCUUGACCUUUUUCUUAGCAAUAACAACUUCAGUUCUUCACUCUCUUCAGAAUUUGGCAAGCUCAGUAAUUUAGAGGUUUUGUAUCUUCCUUCUAAUGGCUUUUCCGGUCAAUUUCCUCCCACAAUUAGUAAUCUAACCAAGCUCAAAGUUUUAAGACUUUCCAAUAAUCACUUAUCUGGAACACUGGCUCCUAACAGUGGCCUCUUUGAGUUGCAUGAGCUCCGUUUCCUUAUGCUAGAUUACAACAACUUCAGUUCCUCACUCCCUUCUGAGUUUGGCAAUCUCAACAACUUAGAGUUUUUGUAUCUUACCUUUAAUCUUUUCUCCGGUCAGAUUCCUCCCUCAAUUAGUAACUUAACAUCUCUAGUUGAACUGUUCCUUGACGGAAACGAGCUCACUGGUAGUUUCCCACUUGUGUGGAAUCUAAGCAAACUCUCCAUGCUAGACAUUUCAGAUAAUCACUUCUCUGGAACUCUGAACCCCAACAGUGGCCUCUUCGAGUUGCACGACCUACGUUACCUUAACCUAGGUUACAACAACUUCAGUUCAAAACUCCCGUCCGAAUUUGGCAAUCUCACCAUAUUAGAGGUCUUGUCUCUUGAAUCUAAUAGCUUCACAGGGGAAAUAAUAUGCAACAGAAGCUCUCUUUUUGGUCUUGUUAUAAGCUACAACAACUUCACUGGUCAAGUUCCUCCUUGUCUUAGUAACAUUCCAUUUGUGAUUCUUCGAGAGAACAACUUGGAAGGUUCACUUCCAGACAAUUUUUACGUCGACGCUUCUGUGCAGACACUUGACGUUGGACGCAAUCAGUUAGUCGUGAAGCUUCCAAAGUCUCUUAUAAAUUGCUCCUCUUUAAGGGUGCUAGUGGUUGACCACAAUAGUAUCAAAGACACGUUUCCUUUUUGGCUCAAGGCUUUACCAAAUUUGCAAGUCUUUAUCCUUCGCUCAAACAAAUUCCAUGGAUCUAUAUCUCCUCCUGAUCAAGGUCCUCUGGGGUUUCCUGAGCUGCGGAUACUUGAGAUAUCUGAUAAUAAUUUCACUGGAAGCUUGCCACCAAAUUAUUUUUUGAAUUGGAAAGCAUCAUCACCCACGACAAAUGAUGGGGAUUUAUACAUGGACUACAACAAGACUGCAAAUGCUCCAAUAUAUUAUACCUAUAUUGAUAAAAUAGAUUUGCAGUACAAAGGUAUAUCAAUGGAGCAGGAGAAGAUCCUUACUUUCUACGCAGCCAUUGAUUUUUCUGGAAACAAACUUGAAGGACAGAUUCCUGAAUCCAUUGGUCUCUUGAAGGCAUUGAUUGCACUCAACUUAUCCAACAAUGCCUUCACAGGCCAUAUCCCUCUGUCUUUGGCCAAUGUUACGGAGCUCGAGUCACUAGACCUAUCAAGCAAUCACCUCUCAGGGACCAUUCCUAAUGGACUAGCGAGCCUCUCGUUUUUGGAGUACAUAAAUGUUUCUCACAACCAACUCAAGGGUGAAAUACCACAAGGAACACAGAUUAGUGGGCAAGCUGAAUCAUCAUUUGAAGGAAACGCAGGCCUUUGUGGUCUUCCUCUCCAGGAAACUUGCUUUGGGAGUAAUGCACCACCAACACAACAACCUAAGGACGAGGACGAGGACGAAGAAGAAGAAAUACAAGUGUUGAGCUGGAAAGCAGUUGCAUUUGGGUAUUGGGCUGGAAUGUUGCUUGGACUGACAAUAGCACAAAUCAUUGCUUCAUUCAAGCCGGAGUGGCUCACCAAGAUAAUUGGUCCGUAUAAGCGCAGAAACCACUAGCAUUGCUUCAGUUUGAGUGCUAUCUUUCCUUGUUUUUACCAAGUAGUUGUGGUCUUGUAUUGAAGCUUUUCCUUAUGUUUUAUGUUCUAUGUAUGAUACUUCGUUUGCUUUCUUCUUCUAUCAAAUAAGAAUGGUGUGUUUUCUGUAGUCA